GUAAAGAAUGCCGAGCUAUUACUCUGAAAGUACUUUCCUUACAUCCCCCUUUACCGUCCUGGUCCCUCUUGAUUUCGCCUAUGGAAUUUCGGAAUGGUAGAAAAAUGUACAUAGCAACAUACUGUAUGAUGUAUGGAUUGUAUAAAAUAGGUACAUUGUUACAGUGUUUGUCAUGCAAGCAGCUGUUCCUGUAAUACAAUCUCUACAGCCUACACCGGCCGAGAUGCAUCACUGUGCAGUGGCUGCACGAGUAAUUUCCACCCGGCUUACGGUUCAGGAAAGAGGUGGAAAAUAGUUCUAAUUUUGUCCCAUAUUCCCUGGAUAAUAGUACGGUGUAGGAAGAGUGCCGGAUAAAAAUAGCAUCACAUCAGAGCCAAAUCGGUCAAUCUAUGAUGAAUUUCCGCUAAUGCGCCAAGAGUACGGCAAUGUUCCCAGUAAUUGAAUUCGGCAGGAUGCUGCAUUGAGUAUCAUUUGGAUGAUCUGAUCUGCCGCUUGCCAUCUCUCGACUCGGUUACAUCUGUGCAGGUAAGCUGCAAAACAACAUUCUUUUGCACAUACGAGGUAGACAGAAGUGUCUGAUCUGGACGCCAUUCGCUUCGGCAGUACAUUACGCAACUUUAUAUUAUUAAUGUAUCUUUUAUUGACAACGUGCGUGUGUUUUUACCUGCAAGUGGCCUAGAUUAAACUGCGUACACACCGUUAACUUAAUAGUUCCAAUUGUGUAAUACUAGCAGUGGCAGCGACGAUCUGUUAACUCAGCGGUAGCGGAGUGAAUUAUUGUUUACGAAGUUAUGAUGCCUCGUUUCACGGGAUACCGGGUGUAUUUGCCACUGUCUUACACAAGCUGGAAGAGGAUCGCUUGCCCGGACCAACUGUAAAUACUUGCUAUACAUAAUACAAUACUUGUGAUUAAAUAGUGUUUGUUCAUGCGGCCACGUCAAAUUCCGAAGGACCAGCUCACGUUGUGGCUGCACUGUUAUUCCACGGCGUGUUGCUGCACCUGCGUAAUACAAUCCUCCCUAUCUACGGCCAAAUUUCCCCUACUUGUGCAAACAUUUAGAGACUUCCGCCGUUUCAGGCACCAUGGAACGUAUACGUAAUCUGGUCUUCUCCAUUUAAAAGGAACGUGGAAAAUUAUAACUUACCCAUCGUCAUCAAUUAAGCUCUUUACAACGGUAACGGCAUCCGGCUCGUCAACCGCUGCAAACGACGAUAAUAUUCAGUUAAAUUUUCCUUCCGGCGCGUUUUGGAUCUUGCCCCUUAAGAAAUUUGUGCACGAGAUGGUAUAAGUACGCGCCGUGAAGACAGCUUGUGUUUUGAUACUGGUUUCCUCCGGCUGAAAGCAAUUACUCCCAUCAGCGUUAAUUAAGCAUUACAUUGUGCGGAAGUCGGCUUCCAGUUGCGUGCACCGGCGCUGUGUUGUAUUGGAUAGUUGACACAAGCUGCUGGAUGUCUUCCGCAGAGCGUUGGAUUAAAAUGACUGAGUUGUUUCUGGGUUUGGAUUUAAGUACACAGCAGCUUAAAGGUGUGCUGAUCGGCGAACAACUGGAAGUGGUCAAAGAGGAAAGCGUGCAUUUCGAUAAUGAGCUACCGGAAUUCGGAACGCAAGGUGGAGCAUGUGUCAAUACCGACGCCAGUGGUGCCAGUCGUGUUACCGUUCCCGUUCUGCUCUGGGUAAAAGCGCUGGAUCUGCUCCUACAGAAGCUCCAACGUUCCGAACUCCCGAUGCAUAAGAUAUUAGCCAUCUCGGGCAGUGGUCAACAGCAUGGCAGCGUAUACUGGCAGACAGGAGCAGAAGGCACUUUAUCUAGAUUCAACCCUUUCAAGACGCUAAAUGAACAAUGCUCAAAUUUAUUCUCUGUUCCCAAUGCCCCAAUUUGGAUGGAUUCCACUACCACAACCCAGUGCCGGCGACUGGAAAGUUCGGUGGGCGGGCCGGAAGUGCUUGCGCAUGUCACCGGAAGCCGGGCGUACGAGAGAUUUACCGGUCCACAAAUUGCCAAAAUCAAUGAGGAGAAUCCAUCGGCCUACGAAAAUACCGAGCGUAUUUCGUUAGUCAGCAGCUUUUUGGCUAGUUUAUUGGCUGGUAAAUAUGUCCCCAUAGACUGGGCGGAUGGGAGCGGAAUGAACUUAAUGGAUAUCCGGCGUAAACAUUGGGAUCCCAGCUGUUUAGCAGCAUGCGCACCCGAUCUGAAAAAGCGCCUACAGAAUCCUGUUGCAUCGUGGAGCGUCGUGGGCAAUAUUGGGCAAUAUUUUUGUCAGAGAUAUGGAUUUGCAAGUAGCUGCAAAAUUGUGGCUUGCACUGGCGAUAACCCAUCCUCGGUUGCCGGCAUGGAACUGCACACUGGUGAUAUUUUGAUUAGUCUGGGAACAUCCGAUACGGUAUCGGCAAUCGUGUCCAAUCCGAAACCGGCGCUAGAAGGUCACAUUUUGUGCAGCCCACUGAUGGAGGACCAAUACAUUGCCAUGCUGUGUUUUAAAAACGGAUCGCUGAUGCGGGAGAAAAUUAUGGGGGAAAAUACCAAUGGAACGUGGGCGGAAUUCGAGCACAAGCUCUCGCAGCAGCCGGCCGGCAAUGCCGGCGUAAUUGGGCUGUAUUAUGACCAAGUGGAAAUUGUGCCUUCUGUUCAGGGACGAUUUUAUUUUGAUGUUGACGACAAUCCCAUGGAAAGAUUGGAAUCGGAACAAGAAAUUCGUGCCUUAAUUGAGGGGCAGUCGAUCGCCAAGCGUUACCAUGCAGAAUCCUUUGGAUUCAAAGUUACACCGGAAACUCGCAUCUAUGUGACUGGUGGCGGUAGUCGUAACAGCACGCUGUUACAAGUGAUCGCUAACGUUUUCCAGGCUGACGUUUACACUCAGUCCAUGACCAAUUCAGCUGCAUAUGGAGCGGCAUACCGGGCAGCCCACGGAUUACGCGGAGGAAAUUUUUACCAGAUGAUCAAGAACUCCACCGGAUUCCCUCCUAGCACGCUGGCUGUCAAAUAUAACAAAAAUUGUAAAGAAAUUUAUGAUAAGAUGGUUGCUAGAUACGGUACAAUACUGCAAAAGAUUACGAAGAAAGAAUAAUAUUUUUUUUUCUGUUAAGCUGGCAAGUUUGUUUUUUCGGAUAAUUUGUUAGGAAUUGUGAUGUUUGAAAGAAAUAUGCAUUUCGGGAAUUAUUAAAUGCAGUCGUGUUA